AAAGGCCUACAAGCCCAGACUGCCAGCUCUGGGUUGACCGUGGAGGUAGAUGUCCCCAAAUCUCAGGACCUCACCAAGAUAAUGGCAGACAUCCAGGCCCAAUAUGACGAGCUGGCUUGGAAGAACCAGUAGGAGCUGGACAAGUACUGGUCUUAACAGAUUGAGGAGAGCAACACAGGGGUCACCACGCAGUCCGUCUAGGUUGGAGCUGCUAUGACGCUCACGGAGCUGAGACAUACAGUCCAGUCCUUGGAGAUCAACCUGGACUCCAUGAGAAAUCUGAAGGCCAGCUUAGAGAACAGCCUGAGGGAGGUGGAGGCCCGUUAUGCCCUGCAGAUAGAGCAGCUCAACGGGAUCCUGCUGCACCUGGAGUCAGAGCUGGCACAGGCCCAGGCAGAGGGACAGUGCCAGGCCCAGGAGUACGAGGCCCUGCUGAACAUCAGGGUCAAGCUAGAGGCUGAGAUCGCCACCUACCGCCGCCUGCUGGAAGAUGGCAAGGACUUCAAUCUUGGUGAUGCCCUGCACAGCAGCAACUCCAUGCAAACCAUCCAAAAGACCACCAUCUGCUGGAUGGUGGAUGGCAAAGUGGUAUCUGAGACCAACGACACCAAAGUUCUGAGACAUUAAGCCAGCAGAAGCAGAGUACCCUUUGGGGAGCAGGAGGCCAAUAAAAAGUUCAGAGGUCAAAAAAAAAAAGUUAAAUUAUAUUACUCUCAAGUCAUUACAAAUAUAGGUGAUGAUUUCAUUGAAGUCCAAUGUUUUAAUGAAGUAUAUAAUCAAUUAGGGUUUUUACUUUUUAUUUGGAAAUAAGACAUGGAAGUUGCAAAAAUAGGCUUCUCCUAUAUAUUCCUCCAACUUUCCCCAAUGAUAAUAUCUCACACAACCAUAGAUUAUCAAAACCAGAACACUGACCAGGCACAGUGGUGUGCCACUUAUAGUCCCAGCUACUCAGGUGGCUGAGGUGGGAAGAUCCCUUGAGUUCAGGAGUUCAAGGCCAGCCUGAGCAACACAGUGAGACCCUGGCUCUAAAAACAAAUGGGAAGAAAACCAGAAAACUGGUGUCAUCAAUUGUGUUUAAGGAAACCGAGGCUCCUUUAAAAGUUUGUUAUAAAAUUAUAGAUAUCUCAUAAAUAUUGAGGUGGAAAGAUUCCCUGGAAGCAGCCUAAUCAGAAAGUGAAGACAGUGACAUCCAGAUAGGUUAAUACUUCUGCCAGCACCAUAAUUUCACUCUCUUGGCUGUACAUUCCAAUCACUGGAAGACAGGCAAAACUGAACCACUGGCUGGGCCCACCUUAAAUCAAUGACAUCAACAUCUGCAGGCAAAGCUCAAGUAUCAGUACGUUUUAAAACAACUUUGCCCGCUGAAGGUUCACUUAAUCAACUGAUAAGGCCGGGUGCGGUGGCUCAUGCCUGUAAUCCCAGCAUUUUGGGAGGCCGAGGCAGGCGGAUCACCUGAGGUCAGGGGUUCAAGACCAGCCUAGUCAACAUGGCAAAACCCCAUCUCUACAAAAAUACAAAAAUGAGCUGGGCAUGGUGGUGUGUGCCUGUAAUCCCAGCUACUGGGGAGGCUGAGGUGGGAGAAUCGCUUGAACCCCAGAGGCGGAGGUUGCAGUGAGCCGAGAUCGCGCCACUGCACUCCAUCUUGGGCGACAGAGUGAGACUCCAACUAAAAAAAAAGAAAAAAAAAUCAACUGAUAAUAGGCGAUUAACAGGAGAAAAGGCAUACAUAACACCGGGGUAAAAGCAGGAGAAUGAUUACCCAGUAGCUUAAUGGGGAACAGAAGAUUUUAUAUCCUUUUUUCAUAGGGGAAAGGGUAGAUGGGAAAUGUAGACAUUUAUUUUGAGGAGCAGCAAAUGAUUAUUAGGAACAAUGAAUGGACAGAAAUUAAUUAGUAAAUAAUUUUCUUUUGAGUUAUCUUGUGAAAAAGUCCCUCCAGGCAUGGCUGCGUUUCUGUCUUUCUGAAAUAGGAUACGAGAUUUCAGUGAGGGGAGGAAUGCGAUUGUUUCUUCUACAAAGAGGCUUCUAGAGUCAGGGAAGGAAAUUUCAGAGAGUACCUCCCCGCACUUGGGGAAAGUGAGAGCAACAAGUCAAGGUUGGGGGACCUGCAUUAUGAGGCAGCUUCUAAAGCUUCUGUCUUUGGGGUAUCGCUUUCUGAGCGUCAAGAGUAAAACGUGAUGCAUUCCUUUCCUUCCAACUUAGAUUCUAGUAGUUUAGAUCAGUAUCACUGUUUUUACUUCAAGGUUCAGGAAACGCUGGAAAUUGCUAGCUAAUAUCACAGGAAAAAAACAAAAAAAACACGAGGUUGACUUCACCUAUUCUGCCUACCGGCGGUAGGUAACCAUGUAUGAAUAGAGACUCCCAGGCAUAAUCAAAUUACCUCGGUCAAGUCCUCGCCCUAAGACUAUUUUUGGAAACCAGGGAUUUUCCAGAUUACUGAAAGCCGUGGCGGUGUCAAAGGCCGGGCAGGAGUUUCGCAAGCGGAGCUAUGAAAGCAGCCACCCUCGCGGUCAUUCCUAUGCCUCCACCCUACUUCCCCACACCGGCAAAAAAACGCUCCCCGGGGAGCUUUCAUUUGGUAACCGAUACGGUCCACAGCCCUGUGUUCUUCAAAUACUGUAAAGCAGCCCUCUCCAGAUUCCUUGAGGGUCACUUUAUAUUAAACAUUCGUCCACACACGACAACAAAGUCACCACUUCCACCCACCAAAGCGCGCUCAGGUCGGCCGCCACUUCCCUUGGUACACGCGGAACACAAGCCGCGCCGAGGCUAAAGAGGCCGGAAUGCAGGGCGAAGGGGCGCAGAGAUGCUAGCCAAUGCUGCCACCUCUAUUUUGGGUAUAAGGGAUCUUGUAAAGCUCCGUUAUUCGUGUGGCUUAGUAUCACAAACAAGGUGGUUUCGACCGGCCUUGGCUAGAGAAGGCCUCGUUAGCCUCUGAGGACCCCAAAGUCUGUCGCAGCACCCAACACUCCCCUGGCAGGCCCAGAUGCUUGAGGCGGAGGCGCGGCCUGGAGGGACUAGUUGGCGCGCGGCGGCCCGGCGUGGUGACGUCAGGGCGGAAGCGCACGCGGCGUGAAGCGGCCCAGAACCCGGCGGUCACGGGAAUAUCCGUCGCGCCGAGAACGCUGGUUAGUCUUGUUUCGGGUUCCGGCUGCGUUGGGCUUGCGUGCGGCUCGCUAAGACUAUGGCGUCCGGGCCUCAUUCGACAGCUACUGCUGCCGCCGCCGCCUCAUCGGCCGCCCCAAGCGCGGGCGGCUCCAGCUCCGGGACGACGACCACGACGACGACCACGACGGGAGGGAUCCUGAUCGGCGAUCGCCUGUACUCGGAAGUUUCACUCACCAUCGACCACUCUCUGAUUCCGGAGGAGAGGCUCUCGCCCACCCCAUCCAUGCAGGACGGGCUCGACCUGCCCAGCGAGACGGACUUACGCAUCCUGGGCUGCGAGCUCAUCCAGGCCGCCGGCAUUCUCCUCCGGCUGCCGCAGGUGGCGAUGGCAACGGGGCAGGUGUUGUUUCAUCGUUUUUUCUACUCCAAAUCUUUCGUCAAACACAGUUUCGAGAUUGUUGCUAUGGCUUGUAUUAAUCUUGCAUCAAAAAUCGAAGAAGCACCUAGAAGAAUAAGAGAUGUGAUUAAUGUAUUCCACCACCUCCGCCAGUUAAGAGGAAAAAGGACUCCAAGCCCCCUGAUCCUUGAUCAGAACUACAUUAACACCAAAAAUCAAGUUAUCAAAGCAGAGAGGAGGGUGCUAAAGGAGUUGGGAUUUUGUGUUCAUGUCAAGCAUCCUCAUAAGAUCAUUGUUAUGUAUUUACAAGUCUUAGAAUGUGAACGUAAUCAAACCCUGGUUCAAACUGCCUGGAAUUACAUGAAUGACAGUCUUCGAACCAAUGUGUUUGUUCGAUUUCAACCAGAGACUAUAGCAUGUGCUUGCAUCUACCUUGCAGCUAGAGCACUUCAGAUUCCAUUGCCAACUCGUCCCCAUUGGUUUCUUCUUUUUGGUACUACAGAAGAGGAAAUCCAGGAAAUCUGCAUAGAAACACUUAGGCUUUAUACCAGAAAAAAGCCAAACUAUGAAUUACUGGAAAAAGAAGUAGAAAAAAGAAAAGUAGCCUUACAAGAAGCCAAAUUAAAAGCAAAGGGAUUGAAUCCGGAUGGAACUCCAGCCCUUUCAACCCUGGGUGGAUUUUCUCCAGCCUCCAAGCCAUCAUCACCAAGAGAAGUAAAAGCUGAAGAGAAAUCACCAAUCUCCAUUAAUGUGAAGACAGUCAAAAAAGAACCUGAGGAUAGACAACAGGCUUCCAAAAGCCCUUACAAUGGUGUAAGAAAAGACAGCAAGAGAAGUAGAAAUAGCAGAAGUGCAAGUCGAUCAAGGUCAAGAACACGAUCACGUUCUAGAUCACAUACUCCAAGAAGACACUAUAAUAAUAGGCGGAGUCGAUCUGGAACAUACAGCUCGAGAUCAAGAAGCAGGUCCCGCAGUCACAGUGAAAGCCCUCGAAGACAUCAUAAUCAUGGUUCUCCUCACCUUAAGGCCAAGCAUACCAGAGAUGAUUUAAAAAGUUCAAACAGACAUGGUCAUAAAAGGAAAAAAUCUCGUUCUCGAUCUCAGAGCAAGUCUCGGGAUCACUCAGAUGCAGCCAAGAAACACAGGCAUGAAAGGGGACAUCAUAGGGACAGGCGUGAACGAUCUCGAUCCUUUGAGAGGUCCCAUAAAACCAAGCACCAUGGUGGCAGUCGCUCAGGACAUGGCAGGCACAGGCGCUGACUUUCUCUUCCUUUGAGCCUGCAUCAGUUCUUGGUUUUGCCUAUCUACAGUGUGAUGUAUGGACUCAAUCAAAACAUUAAACGCAAACUGAUUAGGAUUUGAUUUCUUGAAACCCUCUAGGUCUCUAGAACACUGAGGACAGUUUCUUUUGAAAAGAACUAUGUUAAUUUUUUUGCACAUUAAAAUGCCCUAGCAGUAUCUAAUUAAAAACCAUGGUCAGGUUCAAUUGUACUUUAUUAUAGUUGUGUAUUGUUUAUUGCUAUAAGAACUGGAGCGUGAAUUCUGUAAAAAUGUAUCUUAUUUUUAUACAGAUAAAAUUGCAGACACUGUUCUAUUUAAGUGGUUAUUUGUUUAAAUGAUGGUGAAUACUUUCUUAACACUGGUUUGUCUGCAUGUGUAAAGAUUUUUACAAGGAAAUAAAAUACAAAUCUUGUUUUUUCUAAA